AAAAAAAAAGACCGAGCGUGAUAGAAACAGAGGGAGAGAGAGAGAGAUGGCGGGUGCGUUUUGGGGGACGCGAGUGCUGGAGAUAGUGAAGAAGCACGACUCUGGAGGUCUAGUGUGGAAGAGAAUAAAGCUGACCACCACCCGUAAAGCCAACGCCAAGAAGCGCCUCCUCCGUGUUUGGCAGAAUGAGGCUGUUCUGAGGGCAUGUGCGGAAACACCUACUUCACAAUCAUCAGGAGCUGCUGCCAGUGGAGUCUGUGAGAAAGAUAGCACAAGUAGCCAAUAAUGAGGUAGAAUGCUAGGCAAACUUGGAGGUGUUAGUUUGGUCAUCCAUGGGCCUCUAAAUAUCAACCAUGUAACCUUCAAAUGAAUACUAUCCUGAACCUCCGUUUUGAUAUUUCUAUUUCUAGAGUAGAGCAUUAUGUACGGAAGCUUUUAAGUCAUUGACUAAAUACAAUUAUAAUCAUGUGUAACCGGGUUAACUCUGAUGAAUUUUGAUGGUCAAUAAGACUAUUCCGAAAUUGCUUGCUGCCGAUGUGCAUCUCAAA